ACAGACAGAUGGGGAGAGGGAGAGAGAAAGUGGGGAGUAAAAGAGGGAGAUUUAGUAGGGCCACUUUAACCGUGCGUGCUGCAGUGUCUGAGAGAGUCACCACUCGGGUGUGUUGGAUGCACCUGAAGCGGGGUGAUCCCUCCUCUCCUCUCCUCCCUCCUUCUCAUCACUCCUGACAGAGCAGCGGACAGUCGCCCACAAUAAGCGGCUCUGUAGCAGCCUCCGGCUUAUCUCAUCUCCGCGGAUCGCCCCCGGUGCCGACCCGCACCGACUCUCCCCUGCUGGAUCAUCCUCAAUCACAGAAACACAAGGGACAGAGAGGAAGAGAGAGAGAUGCUGCCGUGUUUCCACUUUCUUUGCCUUCCAAGGAUCUCUCCCACAUCUCCUCCCCGGAUCUUUGUUUGCGCUCAUCGGGCUGCGGCUGCGUAAAGCUCCGCAGCAGCCACAGUACCAGCAGAUGUGUUGAGUGACCCAGCUAAUAGCAAUGUCUUCCCAUAGAGGCCACGGCUUGAUGCUGAAAUCCCUACAUUCAUGAGAAGGCAACAGGAAGCCGAUUACUGAGGGAUUAAACGCAUGUACACAUAUGCACAUGCACACACAGAGGAUACAGCAGUUCCAGGAUUUGACUGCCAUCCAUCUGUGGAUCUCGCUCUGAAUGAACUUGUCUGACUGACUGAGACGCUCUCUGGUAUCAUGGAAGAAGAGGAGGAGCCCACAGAGUCUCAUUGAAUUCAAAACACAUGACCCCCCACCUCCCUCCUCCUGCCUCACCGUCAAAGGCUUUGACUGCUCGAUGAGAAAUUAUACACUUGUAACAAACAGCCGAGCGUGCAGAAAGAGAGAGGAAGGCAGAGCCUACCAUCCGCCUGCUGCUGUCCCAUGAUGCAUCAACACUUGUAAGAGCAGAAUCAGCCACACAGAGGGCUGUUUCUAUGGAUACCCCUGCCCUGGGUUGUAUUAAUAAGACUCACUGAUAUUCUGACUAUCUGUGCAUAAAGAAUAUACAGAGAGAGAUUAGAAGUACAUCUUUCAGCAGAAUACAGCAUAACAAAAAAACUGCAGGAAAGAAAGACAUCACUAUCAAGUGUCAAGAGGAAGAUGUUGAAGGAAAAAAUGUCCUAUUUUUAACCAUGAACUGUAGAUGAUUUUCCAUCACAUGCUUAAACAUGUGGCCGUGAGAUCACUGACUAAACCAAACGUUGGAUUUAUUUCCACUUGGUUUCAUAUAUUUUGAUCCUUUUUGAUAUUCAGCUCUUUGCUCAGAUACUCCUUGUUCUAAAAACAUCAAAGAUGAUGAAAAAUUUUAAACCUCGUGUCUUCUCAGUUCAGGACAACAUGUGCAAAAGAUGGUUGAUUUGAUAAGGAUUGCGCCACACGGGACCAAAUGAAGAAGAGAAAUGAUGCACAAAGAAACUUAUUCUUAGGCCUGAGGCAAACAUUUUCUAUUCUUGCAAUACUGAGUGUAGCUCAAAAUUCAGCACAGGCCUUUCUUGAUAAAAUAAUCCCAUUUGUGGGCCUGUAGAAUUGCCACCAUUUUCCACAACGCUAGAGUUUUAUCAAUAAGAAUAAAAAGACAUCUACAUGCAGCAGCUACCUAAAGAAAUGUCAGGUCUGUACUCACCAGCAAGAUGUAAUAUUAUGUGCAUAAAAGAACACAAAGAACAUUGUUAAUCUACAGAUUAAAUCCAUCAACCUGUACCAGCCUACCUGGAAUCUGUCUAUCGCCAUCCCUAAUACCUCGACACGGAACAGUCAUGGCCAGACAGGACACCCCUCUCUUUCUCCACGGCUUUGACCUCAGUGGUCACUUUGUUGACCCUCGACCACUCGGCACAGGUGUCACUGGCCUGGUCCUGUCAGCUGUGGACCAGCGAACUGGACAGCGUGUAGCAAUUAAAAAGUUGGUGAUGCGAGAUGCUGUGACGGUGAAACACGCCCUGCGGGAAGUAAAAAUCACCCGCCGACUGCACCAUGAGAAUGUGGUGCGGGUCCACGAGGUUUUAGCACCGCAUGGACGACCGCUUCCCCGAGAUCCAACCCAGCUCAGUGCCCUGUACAUCGUCCAGGAGUGCAUGGAGACGGAUCUGGCUCGACUGCUAGAGCAAGGACCACUACCCACAGGUCACGCUACUCUGCUGUUUUACCAGCUGCUGAGGGGACUCAAGUUCAUUCACUCAGCCAACGUCCUGCACAGAGACCUGAAGCCUGCCAACAUAUUCAUCAACAUGGACCAACUGCUGCUCAAGAUCGGAGACUUUGGGUUGGCCAGAAUAGUCGACCCUCAUUACUCCCAUAAGGGCUAUCUGUCCGAGGGCUUGGUAACUAAGUGGUACUGCUCCCCCCGACUGCUCCUCUCCCCCAACAAUUACACCAAGGCCAUAGACAUGUGGGCUGCCGGCUGCAUACUGGCUGAGAUGCUCACUGGACGCAUGCUGUUUGCAGGAGCUCAUGAGCUAGAGCAGAUGCAGCUGAUUCUGAACUCAGUGCCCGUGCUGAGAGAGGAGGACAGGCAGGAUCUGCUACAGGUGAUGCCUUCAUAUGUCAGUCAUGGAUGGAGAGUCAAGAAACCCUUUUCUGAGCGGCUGCCUGAAGUGGAUGCUCAGGCUGUGGACUUCCUUGAGCGUAUCUUGACUUUUAACCCCAUGGAUCGCCUGACAGCUGAAGCCGCUCUCUCGCACCCCUUCCUGCAGCACUACUCCUGUCCAGAGGAUGAGCCCACCUCAUCGCAUCCGUUCCGCAUUGAGGACGAGCUGGAGGACAGCCUCAUCACUGAGCAGAGCCUCAGCAACAGCAACAGUCAAGCCUCCAGCAUCCACUGGGACAGGUAUGAGAACAGUUUGUCAACAGAUAUGUGCUGGCAGCAAUCGGGUGGAAAGUGUCGCUGCAUGCGUCCUGGCCACGUUACCUCUGACCUGGGAGACACUACAGAGGAAGAAGAGGUGCAGAGGGACCCCCGGGCCACUUCCACAUCACUGCUAGAGGAGGCUCAGGUUGACCCACGCAAAUAUUCCCACAGCAGCUCAGCUGAACGCUUCCUGGAAAACUCUCACUCCUCGCUGGACCGGGUCUGUGGUUUGGGCUACGGGGAGCUGGACUGUGGUCGCUCCUGUGACUAUAAAGUGGGCUCUCCUUCAUAUCUGGAUAAAAUUGCCUGGCGGGAGGGAAAGCCACAGCACUACUCAGAGCCGAAGCUGAUCUUGGAUCUGUCUCACUGGAAGCGUAACACCAACAGCCACCCUGUGCCUGCUGAGCCUAUCGGUGGCAGCAUGGAGGACCUGGGAGAGAUGAAGGAGGAGGAAGCAGAAGAGGAAGAAGAGGAGGAGACGGGGGAUUUAUUCAAGGAAAUCUCUCGCUGGGUGGAGAGCACCCAGUCUCGGCUGCACUCACCCAGUCCAAGUCCUUCCUUGGAGCAACGUUCACCCUCCUACUACACCUCAUCUCCCCCUCUUCCUCUCUCUCCUACUGACCUCCCCACUCCAGUCUUCCACUAUACAGACGUUGUGAGGCAACCAUCGACUGAAUACGAUGAAGGCAGAUUAAGCCCAUUUCCCCCUAUCACAUCCUCCCCUAUCCUCCUCCCCUCACUUCUCCCUUCAUCUCCCACAUCUCUAUUUCCUCCUCAGUCACCUCAAACAGUGUCACCCCCCACCACGCCACAUUUGCCUCCACUAGAGUCUCAACCCCUUUCCUCUACUUCUUCUGUUUCUCAGUCAGUAAAUGCUGACUCCAUGGAAUCUCUUCCUGUCAAGCAAAAAGAGCGUCUGUUUGAUCUGGAUGUGUUCAUAUCCCGAGCGCUGAAACUGUGCAGGCAGAAUAAAGAGAAAACAAACGGGAGGAAAGGGAAAGAGGCAGGGUGGAUGGAAGAAAGCAAACAGCCAAACAUUAACCGAAAGGUACCCAGGCUUCCAGAGCACAGGACUCCCCCGCCACCAACUCCCAACUCUUGAUGCUGAAUUUCAGUUUCAGCUUCACUGCAGUAUAGUGUCAUAAAUGGGUAGCACUUCCAAAUGCUAAUAGUGCUUUACAUAGUGAGGGGUGUCCAUGGUUGAUUAUGCUGCUUAAACAUUAGACCAUAGUGUUAGCAGCUUUUGUCUUUCUGGUACUACUGCAAUGGCACACUACUCGCUGUGACAAUUAAAAAACCCUCACUUCAACAAGCAAUCUUGCAGCUUUGCCAUGAGAUGUUCUCAGGCAAUAAGAGGUCAGAAAGCAUUUGGGUUAAAUAUAAAUAACCUGCAUGCUUUGCAUUGCAAAUAUCAAAGAUUUAUCCGGCAUCAGCAGAUUUAUCAACAAUCAGUUAUUUCAUGUUUUUGGCAAUUGUUGUUUGAUGAGAUUUGGCAGCGACUUCUUGUGUGACAUAAACACAUGCAAAUGACAGAGAGGGAACAGUCAGCUCCUGACAUCCAGGCUAAUACUAUCUGCCACUGGAGAGAGCUCACUUGGUGAAUUUUAGUUUUGUUUUAAAUGGUAAAUGGUCUGUAUUUAUAUAGCGCUUUACUAUACCUGCAAGGUAACCAAAGCGCUUUACAAGAUACUUCACAUUCACCCAUUCACACACUGAUGGCGGAAGCUGCCAUGCAAGGCGCUAACCACAACCCAUCAGGAGCAAUUCGGGGUUAGGUGUCUUGCUCAGGGACACCUUGAGCAUGGCGGGGCGAGGAUCGAACCGGCAACCCUUUGGUUGCAAGACGGCCACUCUACCCACUGAGCCAUGCCGCCCCUUUUAAACUUGUUCUGCUGUACAAGGUCCUUUAUUGUGUGUCAGUCAGUCAGUAAAUUUUCAAUAUGUCAGACAGUCUUCCAAAGGUGAUGUUCACCAAACAAUGACAGUGACGCAGGAAAUGCUUUUUCCAAGAAUCUCUGAAUGUAUUAUCUGAAAAAUUAUCAGUCAUGUUAUACUACAUGGACACUUUUAACGGUUUUAUUUUUUACUGUUUUAACACUCCCACAAUGACUCAAUGAAUUUCGUCACACUACUAAAGUUCUGUAAAUUUGUAUAAGAUUGUUGUCAUAUUUAAUUCUAUAGUAUUUUUCUCAAGAUUUAUAAUGAUAUUCUCAUUUCUCAAAUAAUCACGUAUUCUUUGUUAAAUUUGAGGGCCCACAUUCAUGUUAAUUUGGAGGCUUGUAUUUCGUUUGAAUGUGGAAUGCUCUAUGGUAGUAAUGUAUGGUUAUUUAGCCAACUUUCCUCUUGUUUUGUUUUAAAUACCUUCUUGUCUGCCUAAUGAACCAAACCAGGUCAAUAUACGAUGCUCUGUGUAUGAGAUGGCCUCAUAUGUUCUACAUUAUCCUCACCUAACCAUUAGCCAUCAAAGCUUUAAUGCAAACAAAGGUAGCCUAUAUUUUGGUGAAUGUAGAUCCUUUACAACCUUUAUAGAAAAUGAUUUGUACUCAGAACUUCUCAGUGCUAAUCACUAAACAUAAUACUAUGGAAUGAUAAGAAAUAAAACCUAUAUUUUUAAAUACUUUUCUGUCCAGCAUGCUAGGCAGUAGGCCCUUAUAAUGUUAUUAACAAUAUUUUGGCAUUUGAUGUCUUAAGGUAGCUGGAGCGGGUAAUAGAUUCAGUCAGGUGUACAGUAAGUGAUUAGCAGAUGUUGGCUUGAGCCUCAUAGUUUCUCAGUGGAGUGCAUCUGAUGUUCACUGCAAUUUUAGAACUGGAAAAGCUAUUAGUGAGCAUAUAGAAAAAGCAUUAAAGAUAUUCUGCGGAUCUAGUGCCAAAAAUAAGACAUUUGAAUUAAUGGUUCUAUUCUGUAGACAGAAUCCCACCAUCCCCGUUAAUACUGUUUGAAAAGUAAUGCUCUGAUGUGAGUUUACCAUAGACUGUAUGUCGACUGUUAGCUGUACGUGUACACUGGAGUCCAGGUAUAGGGAGUAUGAGAGGCAAAAUACAGAGAUAUUUAAAAACACACUGCCAGCAACACAAUAGAGUAAGAAUGAUUUAUCACCUUUCAGUCAAGCAUCUGAUACCCAUCUGACUAAACAAAAUGAUACUCAGUCAGAAAUAAAUGUUUCAUGGCUUCUAAAAUUAAUUUGAAUUGUAUUCAUAUAAUACAUACAAGCUGAGCACUGCUCAAAGUUAUGUUUUCAAAUGGUUUUGCAGCUCCUACCUGUUGAUGCACAUACAAAGUUGCUCUAAAACUGUUGAUUUGCAUAAUAUCUGCACCUGUAAUACAAUGCUGUAGCCAACACCCAAAGGUUGUAAGCAAUUCUUCACUUGCACAACAUAGUAUGACUUCCACAGAACCAAGCCAUACAUGAGAAUUGCCAACAGUACAACCGCAGCAAAGUCAGGUAUAUUUGUUUAUAAUCACAGUGAAGCACAUGUAGUGUUACUAGCACAUUUAGAAAUACGGGAUUUCUUUAGCUACAACUGGAACAUAAACCUCCAUUAUGUGCAUUUUUGGCGAUAAUAUGCUUUUUUGCUAUGAAACAUGCCUGAACUGGAUUGCUGGACUAACUGAAAGAAGUGUUCUGUUUAAAAAAAGUACAAUCUGCCCAUCAUAUUGAUCCAGAGAAGUCAGAUAUUGAUUAUAGAUAUUGAUAAUAAUUUUGCUGCAGGCCAACUAAUUCAAAUAAAUUUGAUUUUUAACUUAUACAGGUCUAAUGAUCACAUUUUGCAGUAUACUAUUUCUUCUGCAGGUAAACUAAGCCAGCAAUAACAUCAUUGACAAGUAACACAAACACACUGUAACACGCGUGGUUGCUGAGCCGUACUCAUUCUUUUAAGUGUGUAAAGCAAUGUAGAAAAUGUGCCUCAGUACACCUCAAUGCUUCCAGCUUGCUGAAUGUAACAUAUUCCCUCCUCUCUGCAUGGCUAUUCAAAUAGCUUCAGUGUUGUUGUUUUUAUUACAUGUCACUUUGUGAAACAGUCAGAUUUCUGUGGGCUCUUAUUUCUUUUGUACUCAUGCAGCGAGGCCUCAGAUUUCACAUGAGAAAAGCUGUUUAAGUUUUUAAUGCUCAAUCUCAAUAGUAACUCUUUUUUUGGAAUUUCUGUUUUUGCUGAAAAAUUAAUAAAACAAUCCUGAAACUA